AUGCCACCCAGAAGUGCUCGUUCUACUGCCUCUGCGGCGCCUGCUCGUCAGCAAACCAGAAGCAGGACAGGCUGCCUGACAUGUCGGCAGCGAAAACUGAAGUGCGACGAGGUGCGUCCUAUGUGUGGACAAUGCAGAAAGUCGAAUCGCGAGUGUGUUCCGUCUGAAGGCAUCACAUUCCGACAUCAGCAAAACGCCAGUCUCAAUGCGGACAGCAAAGAGCUGGAGAAGUUCUACGAGCGCAACACCUUCACGGCCGGCGAGUACUUUUUGCCUGUCUCAAAUACCUUGACGUGGGCUCUUGCCAAUACCGGUACUGAAGACUCGGCUAGUCCUCCGCCAGAAUCAUCGCCUAGCGGUACCAACGCUGCUCAGCAAGUUGCAGCUCACUCGCUUGAAGCACUUUCUACCGCAGCCGAUAUUUCGUACACUCCACAGCAACCGCAACAUGCGGCAUAUUACACCACGAAUGCACCAAGCGCCUCACAUCCUGAGUAUGGUUUCGUGCAGCCUGAGAACGUGGGGAAUGGAAUGGGACAGCCAGGCAAUAAUAUCCCCUUCAUACUCAAUCCGUCUUCAGGCCAAACUCAUUCUUCUGUCAUCGACCCAAGUCUCGAGACUGCAAUUGCGCGGGCUAUUGAC